GCGAAAACGCUCACAGCGGGGACUUGGGGCUGAAAUUUGAUCUCCGCUAUUUUUUUCACUCUCUCAGGAACCGACGCGGUGAAUUGGGAGCAUUGGAAAGAGAGAGGGAGAGAGGGGGAGUACUCUGUGCCAAGCAUUCACGCAACGGCUGCACUCGCAAGUGAGCAGCACCCAGGCUCCAGUUGCGAACAGGCGGAGCGAGUGAACAGUUCCCCCUCCAUCGGCGGAGCAGUACGCAGAAUACGUCUCUGUGCGACCCAUCGCGGGUGAUCAUCACUGGUUCGAGUCGCACAUGGAUGGUACUACUCUCACCCACUGACUUGAGGUUAAACACGGAAAAACGAGACACUGCGCCAUCCUCCGCAUUUUUUUAAAUCAUUUUCAGGGCGGCAGCAGCUCUUCAACAGGGAUUCUCCCAACUGAAAGUCACUGCGAGGCGGUGUGUUUCAGGAGGAUUUGUGCACCGACCCCAAGACUCACUAUCUUGACUGGAUUUAAGAAACCUUAACUAAUAAUCUUUCGUCAACGUGCUGCUAUUGUUUUCUGCAACUUUUAAAGGAAUUUUAGAGGAACUACCACAAAGCCGAGCGCAUGUAGCACGAAUUCGUGGAAGAGGGAUUAUUGUCCAAUUACUGUGGAGGAGCGUGUGGCAGCGAGUGUGUGUGUCUGUGUGUGUGAGUGUUUUUCCUGGAUCGGUCCCGCCGAGUCAGCAUUGUGGUGUGGUGUGCGUGUGUGAGUGUGUGUCGUCAGCAUGCAUCGGUCGGCAGGGGACGAUGUCUGAUUCUGGUUUCCGUGGUUACCGCUCUCCUUCGGGCAUGAUUGCCCUCUGGGUCACUCUCCUCCUUUCUGUCAUCCCUCCAUCUGACGCAGCCCCUCGAAUUCCCAGUGCUGCACCGACAGACUCUGUGUCUAGUGAGGUGUCGUUCCUGGAGGACCUGGUGGUGGGUGUGGGGGAUAACUUGGACCUCUCCUGCAGCCCAGACGACUACGCCAUCCCCGUGGUGUGGCACAAAGACGGCGUUGCCCUGUCGCCUAGCAACCGCACCCGCAUCGGUCAGCGCGUGCUGCGCGUCAUCAACGUCUCCUACGACGACGCCGGGGUCUACUCCUGCAGACACGCCCACGGCAAUGUGCUGCUCAGCAACUACACCGUCAAAGUUACUGAUUCUCUCUCGUCCGGCGAUGACGAGGACUACGACGAGGACUCGGACUACACAGCAGAAGCCCCGUACUGGACACGGCCGGAUCGCAUGGAGAAGAAGCUAUUGGCUGUCCCAGCGGCCAAUACGGUGCGGUUUCGCUGUGCUGCCGCGGGCAACCCCAGUCCGAGUAUCCAUUGGCUGAAGAAUGGGAAGGAGUUCAAAGGUGAACAGCGGAUGGGCGGGAUCAAGCUGCGGCACCAGCAGUGGAGUCCUGGUGAGGAGAGUGCUGUGCCCUCCGACAGGGGCAACUACACCUGCGUGGUGCACAACAAAUAUGGCACCAUCACACACACCUACCAGCUGGACGUGCUGGAGCGCUCGCCUCACCGGCCCAUCCUGCAGGCGGGUCUGCCGGCCAAUCAGACGGUGGUGGUGGGCAGCGACGUGGAGUUCCACUGUAAGGUGUACUCGGACGCCCAGCCUCACAUCCAGUGGCUCAAACACAUCGAGGUCAAUGGCAGCCGCUAUGGCUCUGAUGGAGUACCAUACGUCAACAUCCUUAAGACUGCGGGUAUUAACACCACCGAUAAGGAGCUGGAGGUUCCUCUCCUCUCCAACGUGUCUUUUGAGGACGCCGGCGAGUACACUUGUCUAGCGGGGAACUCUAUCGGCUAUGCCUAUCACUCUGUGCUAACCGUGCUCCCAGCAGUGGAGCCGGGAAAGGAGGACGACUAUGCGGACAUCCUGAUCUACGUGACGGGCUGCGUUCUCUUCAUCCUGGCUGUAGUCAUUGUCAUCCUGUGUCGCAUGCGCAUGCACACCCAGAAGACGCUGCCAGUCCGCCUGUCCCAGAAACUGUCCAAGUUCCCCCUCAAGAGACAGGUAACAGGAAGUAUAUACAAGAUUCUAGAGAAACGUACGCUCUUUCUCUACCUCUCAUGCUUUCCUCUCUCCAUCCCUUUCUCCCUCUCUCUCUCUCUCUCUCUCUCUCAACCCCCUCCCCCACCAUGGACGUUCCCCUGGACUAGGCUGACACUGGGGAAACCUCUAGGAGAAGGUUGCUUUGGGCAGGUGGUGAUGGCCGAGGCAAUUGGUAUUGACAAAGAGAAACCCAACAAGCCCCUCACUGUCGCAGUCAAGAUGCUCAAAGACGAUGCGACAGAUAAAGACCUGUCAGAUCUGGUGUCAGAGAUGGAGAUGAUGAAGAUGAUCGGCAAGCACAAAAACAUCAUCAACCUGCUGGGAGCGUGCACACAGGACGGCCCUCUGUACGUGCUGGUGGAGUAUGCAUCGAAGGGGAACUUGCGUGAGUACCUGCGGGCAAGACGUCCUCCUGGGAUGGACUACUCCUUUGACACCUGCAAGAUCCCCAACGAGCAGCUCACCUUCAAAGACCUGGUCUCCUGCGCAUACCAGGUGGCCCGGGGCAUGGAGUAUCUUGCCUCACAGAAGUGUAUUCAUAGAGACCUGGCCGCACGGAACGUUCUGGUGACGGAGGACAAUGUGAUGAAGAUUGCAGACUUUGGCCUGGCCAGAGACGUGCACAACAUAGACUACUACAAGAAGACCACCAAUGGCCGACUGCCCGUCAAAUGGAUGGCACCGGAGGCGCUGUUCGACAGAGUCUACACACACCAGAGUGACGUGUGGUCGUAUGGGGUGUUGCUCUGGGAGAUCUUCACGCUAGGCGGCUCGCCCUACCCUGGCAUCCCCGUGGAGGAGCUCUUUAAGCUGCUGAAGGAGGGACAUCGCAUGGACAAGCCAGCCAACUGCACCCAUGAACUGUACAUGAUCAUGAGGGAGUGUUGGCAUGCUGUUCCAUCUCAGCGGCCCACGUUCAGACAGCUGGUGGAGGAUCACGACCGCGUGCUGUCCAUGACCUCCACUGAUGAGUACCUGGACCUGUCGGUGACGUUUGAGCAAUACUCCCCCGCAUGCCCUGACUCGGGCAGCACCUGUUCCUCGGGCGACGACUCUGUGUUUGCCCACGACCCACUCCCUGAUGCUCCCUGUCUCCCUCGCCAUCACCACGGCAACGGUGUCAUUAGGACGUAGCCCUCCAUAGAGCCCCCCCCCCCCACACACACACCUUAUUCUGGAGUGGAUACCAUGCUUUGGAGGAAAUGCCGAGUCACCCUCUCCACCCAGUUGUGCCAAGUCAUGGUUCUGAGCAGCACUUAACAGGUGGAAAAAGAACUGUAGAACUGUCAGCAUUUUUUUUCUGUUUUCUAUGUGAAGGAUGGACAUUUGUCUGUUUUUCUUUCUUCUUCCAGAUAUUUUUUUUUUCAUUCUGAAAUGAAAAAUUCCUAUUUUUGUACUUGGCCAGUUUCUUAAACCAUUCAGUCGGAACUUUCUGGACGGUCUUACCAUUCCGUGCCUAUCCCCCCCCCCCCCCCCCCCCAAAAAAAAAGACACACACCGACAGCAAAUACACACUCAAAGGGAGAUAAAGGAACCACAAGGACAACCAACAGUGCUGCCACGCAACUGAACAUUGAGAGGUGUGUGAGUGAGUGUGUGUGUAUGCAUGUGUGUGUGUGUGUGUGUGUGUGUGAGAGAGAGAGCCCUUUACACGUACAGCAAGUUAUAUCCCUUACUGCAAUAGCUGAAGCCAGAAUCAGACUAACCCACAUGGCCAGUUCUUCCCCUCCUUACCUCUGCAUACUGGCUCUCCUGGACUCCUAAAGGCUGAAGAAAGAGAGAGUUAUCCCCCACCAACUCUUUUUUUUCUCUCCAUGGAUGAGGGGAUGAGGCAUGAAGGAGUGCACAGUUCAUAAACAAUAAACGAGUGCAGGACUCGACUCAUGCAGUUAUUCUUCCUGAGUGAAAAGACAAAAAAAGAAAAAAAGAAUUUUAAUAUGCUUGGAGGUUGGACAAUACUUACGUUUAAGAUUUGUGCUUUUGUAUGUCCUGAAAAAAAAAGUUUUUUAUUGUAAAUAUAUAAAUAUAAGAACACUAUGUAUCAUACUUGCAAUCUGCAACGGUGUACUUUAAAGGAAAAGUGGACUUUUUCUUUACUGACAUUUUAAAAUCAGAGUAUUGCAAUGGAAAGAACACUGCUGAAGAUUGUGGAAACGUUUAAAUCUAAAAUGAUACAACAAAAAGGUUUUAUUUGAAUAAUUAACUUGUAUAUUUGUAAAGGUAUUUAUAGACAAUAACAUACAGUUUUUAAGGUUUAAAAAAUAUAGUCUAGGAUUUUGGUACUGUAACAUUUUUUUUUUUUUUUUUCAGAUUUUAAUUUUUCUUGUAACUUAUUUACAACAGAAGUGCAACAUUAUUUUUCUCAACUGUUUUUUUGUUUAUUUUUUAUUUUCUUUUUUAUACACAUCUUUUUUGUUUACAGGUGAAAGAAUGUAUGGAAAGUGUUAUUAAGAAAUAUUUUGAUUGGAUAUGAAAACCUAUCAUCAGCAACAUAAAUACCAGAACAAAAACAUGACAAAAAGUCCAAGGAAACCAAAUGUUUUUUUUUCCUGUUUUGUUUUCUGUCUGUUUAUUUGUUUCACUGUUUCUGUUGAUUUUAUUUUGACUGUGGCGUCAGUGUUAUAUGUUUGUACAUUGAGACAGCAAGUGAGGUUCCCUAUGCAGGCGUUAAACCCCAAGGUGUCUGUUUACUCUUAAAGACUGAACAGAAACUAACUGUCUGGUACAGAUCUCACUUAAAAGUAGGCCCUCAAGCACUUUUAGAUAUAGUAGACUUAGGAAAAACGUACAUGUUUAUGAUAAGAAAUUGACUUUUAGUAUUUUGAAAAACAGUGCCAAUUUAGGAGAGAUUGCCUUAGACUCCUUGCACCACAAUAAAAAUGUAAGCUCUUUUUCUGCCAAGGAUGCAUCUCUGCUUGUAUGCCAUCAACAUGAAAUGAAUGUGACUUAAACUAAGCUAAGCUCUUUGAAAACAAAGUACUAUGCGAAGUCCAUAGGACACGUUUGCAAAAGUUGUGCCUGGCAUCGGAAACCACACUGCUGCUGUAAACUGUAACCACAGUGUUUCUGCAUAUGAAGGAAGGCUCUUUGGCCUAAAACCCUGAAAACUCGACACAAAGAACUAUAGAAUACAAAACAACAAACAGUAGGCUAGAGGAUUUUUUUUUUAAAUGUGAGAGUGUGUGUGUGUGUGUGUGCAUACCUAUGGAUGCUUCAUCACAAUAAAUUGAAAUGUUUAAAUGAAACUGUAAUGACAAUGUACAACGGAAACGUUCUGUAAAAGUGCCAAAAACUUUUCCAUUCUUUUUAUAUUUUUCCUUCUUCCCACGUUGCAUUCUUAAUGAUAAACAAUCCCACGUUGCCUCUGGGCAUACUCAAGACAGACUCUUGUUCCAAGUGGAUAUACUGUACAGGGGCUUGUGGGAUAUCGGAAACCCCUCAGGAGGACCUUGGAGUUACAGAUGUUUACAAAAUGAAUUUGAAAUUGGCAAUAAUCAUGGAACGGUGAGACAGAGAGAAAGAGAGGGAUCAGAGAAAGAGAGAGAUGGAGAGAGAGAGAUAAACAUGCUGCUAGAAUUGAAAAAAGUGUAAAAGAGACAGUGAUGUUGGUCUUAAAUGCAGUAUGUCAUUUUUUUUUCUUUGUUGUUGUUUCGUCUUGUUUUAUUAUUGUUGUUCCUCCAAACAUUUUAAUUGGCAAUUUUUUUCCUAUUUUCCUACACAUUAAGUGCCUGAUAUGGGAGGAGAAAAGGGAAAGGAAGUGAAGAGAAGAAGAGUGACGCUAUUCCUGCUGAAUGUAACAGCUGCACUUCUCAUCCUGCUUGGAUUGGGAAGGAGAUUGUCAAUCUAGAUUAAUACCAAGUCAAAGUUACAGGGCCAGAUUAGGAUUGGAAAAAAUAGGUGGCACUUGUCUCAGAGAUGGAGAGCGGUGAGAUUGAUGCUGAAGCUCUUAAUUUAUUUCUGUUGGAAGUUGGAGCUGGAAAGCUUUCCCUAUGGUGAGAGUUGCUAUCACUCUUUAGAGAGCAGUUGAAGACGGGCCUAAUCUGGCUCUGGUUCGGCCCGGUUCUGGUCCGGCCAUCUUGUGCCUCAGCUCCGCGCUAGAUCUCCUCCAGACCUGGCUGUCAUCUGAGUUCUUCCUGCACUUCUCACUUGUCCUCCUCUUGUUCUUUUGGUUUGCCUCUCGCUCUCUCUCUCCCUUUCUGUUUUUGUCUGUGAGAGUGCCAGAGUCGUGGUGGGUGUUCGUACGGAACACGGCUCCUGUCAGGAGGUGCUGGGCAUAUUAGUGCAGACAGGGCAAUCACCAAGUGACAAAGCCAAGCCACUUGGAUUAGGAUGCGCAGAUCAGAUGUAGACCAUGCAGGGUCUGUGUGUGUGUGUGUGUGUGUGUGUGUGUGUGUGUGUGUGUGUGUAAAACUGAGAGGGAACAGCCAGUGAUGUUACAGCUUCUGUUUACUUUGAACCCCACCCUCGGUCCUCUCCUCUACUACUGAAGGUCCCUCAGAGGGGUCCUCUCAACUGCCUGAUCACAAAUACUUCUUUAUUUAUUCUUAUUGUGAUGUAUUUAUACUAAUCUGUUUUGUUUUCUUUUAGUUUUGGUCGAAGGUAGCCAUUUUGUGACCCUCCCUUAAUUUAAGAUGGAGGCUGAGAGAGAGUGUGUGUUUCAGGUCAGUUAGGGGUCAGGAGAUUGUGAAUACAGGUGAAUUAUCUGGGACAUUCUAUGAACGUCUGAAAACUUCGAUACUAGUUGGAAUAAUUAGCAAUACAGUCUGACCAUCGUUCUUCCAUUCAUUUGUAUUUCCUUUUUUUGUUCUAUAAUUCUUUUUUGAUAAUUUCACUACAGCUCUUACUAGACAUUAAAAAGUUAAAUUUAUAGAUUAUUUUUUUCACAAACAGUUGUUGGACAUCCGGUAGAUUUAUAUAUAGGUGUGUGAAUUUGAGUUAAGAGCGAAAAAAUACUUUUUUUCUUUACAGUGUUUUGAAAAAUAUAAAGCUUUUAACCAAGCAAUGCAUUCCAUGUAGAAGCUCUUUCUUCCCAGAGUUUGCCAAAAUUUAACACUUCUUUUUAGCAGAAUGAACAUAAUCCAAGAUUUUUUUUCAUUUCUGUCUUUCAUUUGCUCAGAUCUUAACAAAUCCAUGAAAAGAUGUAAGCUGAUUGACUAACAGUUUGGAAUGAAGAAAGUUCAAUGUUUCGUGUCAAUUUUUCAAUCUUUUUUUCCUCACAGUUCUUCUCUCUGUGUCAUGAUCUCUCUGGAACAUUCCUCUAUGUUAAAGCUCCACCCCCACUAGGCGGGGCCUAAGCUCAAUACUCUCAUAUCAGUGUGUGCCUGACAAAAAACUAUGCUGUCAAAACAAAAAAGGUGUUUAAAAGAACGUUUCAAUAAAGGAGUUACAACAUGAAACUA